AUAUACAUAUAUAUGAAUGUCAAGAUUCAAGAGUCAUUGACUAUUCCCUCCUCUCUCCAUCUCUGUAGAAAUGUAUUAGAAAUAGAAUACUCCAUUCCAAUUUCUUCUUCUCCAUAUUUUGAAGGAAAAUGAAGUGAAGAAGGAAAAGGCCCAUUUCUCCAUUUCUCCCCACCGCUCUUUUUUCCCCCUCCAAGAAAUGGGUCUUUCAAGAAUAUCCUCAGAGCUAAUCGCGGCCGUCGGAUUCAUCAUCCUCCUCAUCCACACGUGUCUCGCAAUCCGAUCCUUCCCCAACAGCGUGGGCUUCGCGGAGGCGCCGGACUACACCAACGGCGUGGAAUGCGGGCCGCAUUCCGGGGUGGUCCACGUGGCGAUGACGCUCGACUCCGAGUACCUCCGCGGCUCUGUCGCCGCGGUGCACUCCGUCCUCCGCCACGCCUCCUGCCCGGAGGACAUCUUCUUCCACUUCAUCGCCACCGAGUCCGACCCGGCCGCCCUCACCCGGACCGUCAGCUCCGUUUUCCCCUCUCUCAGCUUCAAGCUCUACAUUUUCCGCCAAGAAACGGUCACGGGUCUCAUAUCCUCCUCGAUCCGACCCGCUUUGGAGAACCCGCUCAACUACGCCCGGAACUAUCUGGGCGAUAUGAUCGACCCGUGCGUCAAACGGGUCGUCUAUCUGGAUUCGGAUCUCGUGCUAGUCGACGACGUAGCCAAGCUCUGGGGAAUCAACAUAACCGGGUCGAGAGUAAUCGGGGCCCCGGAAUACUGCCACGCCAACUUCACCAAGUACUUCACCGACAGUUUCUGGGCCGACCCGGUUCUGAGCCGGGUAUUCGGGUCGAGGCGGCCGUGUUAUUUUAACACCGGGGUUAUGGUGAUGGAUUUGGAGAAAUGGAGGGAGGGGCAAUUCCGGAAGAAAAUCGAGAAUUGGAUGGAACUGCAGAGGAAGAACCGGAUAUACGAGCUGGGGUCGUUGCCUCCGUUUUUACUAGUGUUUGGUGGGAACGUGGAGCCCAUCGAUCACAGGUGGAACCAGCACGGAUUGGGAGGUGACAACGUGGCGGGAUCGUGUAGGGCGCUGCACCCUGGUCCAGUGAGCCUGCUGCACUGGAGCGGAAAGGGGAAGCCGUGGGUCCGCCUUGAUGAGAGGAAGCCCUGUCCGUUGGAUUAUCUGUGGCAGCCCUACGAUUUGUACAAAGGGAGAGGGAAGGUACAAUAUCUACAGCACCAGGAACUACACUUGGGCCUCACUACCAAUUUCUAUGGAUCAUAUUCUACCUAUUUCUUUUGAUACAAAAAUUAUACUUGAUUCUUUUUGUACAGAAAAGAUCCUAGGUUCAUAAUUCUUUUCUACAUAAAAAAAUUGUUGUCACAAAAUGAAAAUUGAUUGGACCCAGUUUUGGAAUUCUACCAUUUCUUAUUGUACUUAUUAGCUAAUUAGGGGUUAUGAAUAAUACAGUAACAUUGUUUCUAA